AUGCCUGGCCCUGGCAUAAAGCAUCUUACUGGUGUCUUCAGAGCCACCGACACUCACAAAGUUACCCGCAAUCGAAAGCCUGUCUCUUGUACGAUAUGUCAGAAACGCAAAUCGAAAUGUGAUCGGUCAAGGCCCUCUUGCAGUGCCUGUCAUAAGCGAGGCGACCCAGACGCUUGUGUCUACGGCGAUGUGAGUGUUUCUGGAGGAAAGCAAGAGAUGCAGCUCAAAGUGGCCAAGCUCGAAGAGAUCGUGAUGCGUCUCGCAGCAGCGUCAGAAGCUUCGAGUGCUUUGACCAGUAUUAGUACAGCAACGAGCACAAGUGGGCUUUCUCCUCAACGAAUAGAAGAAGGGUCAAAUGCUAUGUAUCAUGGAGAGACAUCAUGGGAGGCCGUCUUCAAGGGUAUCCACGAUAUUCAGAACACUCUUCACACUGAAGAUGAGUCUGAUCAUGGUGACGAGUCUGAGGUUCUACCUCCUGCUCCAGACAUAGUAAUUGGAGGAAUAUUACCCAUUACGAUCACUGAAGCUCGCAACAGCUUACCGCCUCGUCAAGACGCCGAUGCUCUUGUUAGGGCAUAUUUCAACUCCAAAUUCAUCGCUAUUCCGUUCAUCCACGAGAGACAUUUCUGGAGACGUUACGAGCUUCUCUGGUCCAACUCUCACAAUCCUAAUUUCCUGUGGUUAAGUAUUUUAUUCUCUGUGUUGGGUCUUGGCGCUAUGAUCUCAAAAGCACAAAGCCCUUGUCUAGAAUCUCCUCAGGAACCAAAGUUUUACAUACAACGGUCAGCUCAAUGUCUUGUCACAGGGGAGUACCUCAAGGCCAAACCGUAUUCUGUCGAGGCACUCAUGAUGUACGCUCAUUCGCGUAAUGUUACCAAAAAAGAUUCAGACGCUACAAUAUGGUCUCUGUAUUCGCUCGCCGUUCGUCUUGCACAGCGCAGAGGCUAUCAUCUUGACGCAGCCAGAGUGUCACCUACAAUCACACAAUUUGAGGCUGAGAUGCGCCGGCGGACGUGGUUUAUGGUUCAAACUUCUGAUUUACUUUUCUCAUUUCAGCUGGGCAUGCCCCCUAUGGUGUAUCAAGAAGUUUGUGACGCUGGGCAUCCUAGAAAUCUAUCAGACGAUGACUUCGAUGAAGACACGGAGGUGCCUGAGUCUCGUCCCCCCACAGAGCCUACUCCUAUGCUGGCCUGGCAAACCAAAUCCCACCUCUGCCGUCUUCUACGUCGUGCCCUACGGCACGUUCUCCGGGUUGAGUCGCCACCUUAUGAAGAGACGAUGGCACUUCAGGCUGAGUUAGAAUCAUACCACAACACGGUGCCUGAAUGCUUCCGUAUCCGCCCCAUUGCCUCCACUCCAUUGGAUGUCCCAGGUUACACCAUCAUGCAUCGACUCAUCAUAGAAAUAUCAUACCUCAAGACUAUCUGUGUGCUUCAUCGCCCCUAUCUUCGCUCCGAAAAGAACCAGGAACGUUAUCGAGCAUCCCGAGAACUUUGCCGCGCCACGGCUCUUCGAGUUGUUGAACUCCACCUCGAGCUCGAACAUGAGACCCGAGACGGUGGCCGCAUGCACCAAGAUCGCUUUUUACUCUCGAGCCUUACACUGCAUGAUUUUCUAGUCGCAGCCAUGAUCCUUUGCCUGGAUCUAUUGGGGUCGACCGACAUAACCCCGCAAGUGCAUCUACAACACGCCCGGAUACUUGAGUAUGCUCACAAGGUCUGGGAAGAGCGUGGGGCUCACUCCAAGGACGCACGAUAUGGAUCAAGAGUUAUUCGUGCAACACUCGACCGAAUUGCUACGCCACUGAGCGAUAUGUCUGGCCCAGGAGCUCAGGGCCUAGUCAAUGCGACAUAUUCCUACAUCGAACCGAAUAUAUGUGGUGAGAUUACAGACUUCACUAUGCCAGAUAUGAACUAUUCUGGAGAUUAUGAGGAGUUUCUUCCUCUGAAUACCAUCUUUGGCCCGACCGAGGGCUUCGACUGGUAA